UUCAAGGAUUGCAUGCGGCAGUCAGCAACGACUUCCCGGAUGCUUCCUUUUAUAUUUAUUUUGUUUAUUUCAUAAUUGGAUUUCUCAACUCCAAAAGAAAAACAAAAAGAAAAAAGAAAAAAAAUUGUAUUUUGUUUCUCAAUUCUCUUUAUUUUUAUUUUUUUUAUUGUUUGUUUUCUUCAACGAAACCAAAUGGCGUUUCGUUAAGGUUUCACAGUUUGUGAAAUCCAUCGGAAACAAUAUCUGAAUUGACUCUGAUUCUCCCGGUGGGACUUCACCGGAACCAUCUCUAGCGCCGCCGCCGUCGCCACUCCCAUCAAACCCACCAGCCUCUUCCUCUUUGAACUUUUCUUUUUGUUACCCAAUUCUUCUCCCCUUCCGAAAUGGUCAAAGCUCUGCCCCUUCACCUCGGAAUUGUGAAAUCUUUUCCCAAAUUCGACAGUUCUUUUGAUCUUCCUCCGUCUCCUCAACUUCUGUCCGCGAGGCUCCCUGGUUCUGGUUUCAACAGGCUUCCUUUGUCUCGGAAAUUUCCGCCGAUUUUCCAGAAAGUUUCUGCGACUGGUGAGAAGACUUCGCUGCUCGGAGCUUGGACACAAGAUAGUGCCUUGCAAUUUCGCGAUGAAUCGCCUGUUUCGAUUGAGCUCAAGUCAAUUUCCAGUGAGCUUGAGUUCGAUAAGGCUAUUGCAGAUGCGGAGGAACGCAACGAGCUCGUGAUUCUUGUUUGGAUGGCUAACUGGUGCAGAAAUUAUAUUUAUUUAAAGCCUCAACUGGAAAGAUUGGCUGCUGAUUAUUACCCCAGAUUGCAAUUCUACUGCAUUGAUGUCAAUAUGGUGCCACACAAGCUAGUUGUUCGAGCCGGAUUAGCUGUAGGACUUGAGGUUAUGACAACUUCUACUUCUCUGAGAGAGUGGUUUUCUUUGGAUACUGUACUAGAGCUUCUGUUUACAAUGGAAAUUAGGGCUUGUGUUUCAUUACCUUCAGGAACAUUCCCAACUUGCAGUUUGGACAUAGGAGACAGUAGACAUAAGAUGCCAGCUAUACAGCUAUGGAAGGAUGGUAAGAAACAAGAUGAGGUGGUUGGUCUCUAUAAAGCAUAUCUAGUCGUCAACGAUGUUCGGAAAAUGAUUGAACGUGAGCUAACAGAUGAGUGACCUACGAUUCAUUUUUACCCACAUCCUCUUAUCCACUUAGUGGUAUUGAAAUUGAUUGAUAGCAUCUCACAGAAAUUCCUUUCUGCUUAUAUUGAUCAACAUAAAGAACAAGGCCUGGCUGGCCUUCUUGCCAAGUCUUUGUCCUUGCAGAGAUCAUUUCUUUGUUGUCAUGGGGUGGAUGAUCUAACAUGUAUGUCCAAUUCUUGACAAUAUACACAUUGUGAGGAAGUCUUAUUUGUAAGGUUUACCAUCUGUUUUAUACCAUUCCUUUCCCUUAUAUCUGA